AUGGCAACAUCGACCCCCUCGAUCGCGGUUAUCUCGACAACCUCCAGUUCACAAACUAUAUCCUCUCCAAACGUUUCGGAUCCCCGACCCAUCCUCGACCACAUUGUCCAGGUCGGCAGUCGCUCUAUUCUUAAAGAGAUCGAGUCCCUCUGGCCUGAGGCCUUUCUCCAGACAGAGAAGUCGCACUUUCGAACGGACUAUGAUGGCGAAACGGUGUCGGCCAUGUUCCUGAUGGCCCAUCACACGAUUGAGCGACUCCGUGAGACACAGUUACGGUCUUUUUGGCGGUACAGGGUCGACAACAAUGCGAGCGGGGAUUUGGAGUGGGAGGAGCGGUGGGCACUCUUAUCGCUGAUCGAGGACUGGAACGCGAGCGGUGGUGGUGUCAGUCGAGAGCGCACAGGCCAAGUAAUCAAUCACACACCCCAGUUUCUGAGCGGCUUCAGACAAGUGCUGGAACAAACCGGAUACGGCGAUACACAGAACCAACCCGCGACACGAUGCGUCUUUUCCGGCAUGGAAGGGUUUCCUUUCCUGAUUCCAGACGCCAACACCUCCAAGACCACUCACCACGAGAACUGGUCUGAAGCCAGGGCAUUACAGAAACUCAACACUGAUUUCUCUGUCAUGCCCGCUGACAGGACGUGUAUUUUCGAUGUCGACUUUUGUCUGGGGCCGAUGUUCUUGGAGAGACGUGGGUCGUUGGGGAAGAAGGACGUUGAGAAGGUGUUCAAGAGGAUGGCGUUUGAGGAGUUCCAUUGUGGGGAUUGUUUGCUUCAUAUUGCGACGUAUGGCGAUCGGGGGAUGGAGUAUUAUCUGGAGCGGGUCGGGGAUGCAGAGGAGAGUGAUUGGGGUGAGUAUGUCCCCUUUGUGUCUCGUAAGCUUCCUGCUCCUAUCGCUGCUGUUGACAACAAAAGUACAGAGGGAGCGGGGAACUCUGAGGAGAACGCCGACAACUCUGAGACCGCCAACAACAAGGAUACCGCCAAUACUGACAAGGCCCAGAACACAGAGAACACAGAGAAUGGCGAUCUACAAACCAGAAGCGAUGACGCGGAUAACGCAGACAACGCAGUGACCGCAGACACCACCUCCGAAACCAACACUAACACCGAAAAGCGCGACACCAUCCUCUUCCGCACUUUUUCCACAAAAGACACCCUCGCCCAAAAAAUCCUUAAGGCCCAAUCCCAAACCCAUUACACACCCCAUACCCGCGGCAUCUCUGCCAUCCUCCCCCACCUUUCCCACCACCCAAAAGCCCGCCUCCACAUCAUGCGGGACCUCUACCGGUACAACUUUGUGAUGGGGGAGUCCGAUUCCUUCUUUGUGACACUUGUCGAGUUGGAGAACGCGCAGGGGGAUAUGGCGUUUCUGGAUAAGGCCAAGGAGAAUGAGAAGAAACUGCAUAUUGUUUGUUUGAAUGAUGGGAUUAUUGAGGAGAGGAAUGGGACGGAGGUUAGGGCGUUGUUAACGGAGUUUUUGGAGGAUCGGUAUGGUGAUUCUGCGCCUUGGGAGAAAGUGACCGUAGAUAAAUAG